UGUAGUAGCAGCAGCAGAAGCAGCAGCAGCAAGAACAGCUACAACAACCUUAUUAGCAACCUCGGAGGCCGGAACUGCAGCAGGGACGGUGCUUACAGCGUUAGUGCAGCAGGAUCCCCCCAGAAGCGGUAGAAGAAGCUUCAUUUGCUCCUUCCUUCCUCUCUUCCCUCUCGCGCACAAUGGCUGAUCAGCUGACUGAGGAGCAGAUCGCUGAAUUCAAGGAAGCCUUCUCCCUAUUUGACAAAGAUGGCGAUGGCACCAUCACGACAAAAGAACUUGGAACUGUCAUGAGGUCAUUGGGUCAGAAUCCAACAGAAGCAGAAUUACAGGAUAUGAUCAAUGAGGUGGAUGCUGAUGGUAAUGGCACUAUUGACUUUCCUGAAUUUUUGACCAUGAUGGCUAGAAAAAUGAAAGAUACAGACAGUGAAGAAGAAAUCCGUGAGGCAUUCUGAGUCUUUGACAAGGAUGGCAAUGGUUACAUCAGUGCAGCGGAACUGCGUCAUGUAAUGACAAACUUAGGAGAAAAACUAACAGAUGAAGAAGUAGAUGAAAUGAUCAGAGAAGCAGAUAUUGAUGGAGAUGGACAAGUGAACUAUGAAGAAUUCGUACAGAUGAUGACUGCAAAAUGAAGACCUCCUCUCACCUUUUUUCCCCCCUCUAGAUGAAUCAAAUUGAAUCUUUUACUUACCUCUUGCAAAAAAAAAAAAGUUCAUUUAUUCAUUCUGUUUCUGUAUAGCAAAACUGAAUGUCAAAAGUACCUUCUGUCCACAAAAAAAAAAAAAAAAAUCUGCAUGUAUUGGUUGGUGGUCCUGUCCCCAAAAGAUCAAGUUACACAUCAGUUUUACAAUAUAAGUACUUGUACUACUACCUUAAAUGAUAAGGAAGCACUUAGUGAACUCCUUAAAGUUCCAUUUGCUAAUGAUUAUUACACUGUUUGGGCUGGCCAGUUUUUCAUGCAUGCAGCUUGACAAUUGAGCACAGUCAGACAUUUGUAUUAAAAAAAAAAAAGAAAAACAAAAAAUAAAAUAAAAAAAUGUACCCAUGUGGGUUAUCUAGUUCAAUCUGUUAGUAUAAAUUGUCCUAGCUGGUUUACUUUAAAAACAAAAAAGUAAAUACAAUAAAGUAAAAUUGGUUUAACUCAGGAUGGUAUGCAGCAAAAUGUUUGAAGGAUGCAGAAUUUCAAGAUGAUGUAGCCCUUAUGGUGGUUCUUCUGUACUUAAGAGUGCUCCAAAACCCUAAUGAUGAUUUCAAACUCUGGAUGGCAUGUCUGUGUUUCUAUUGGCUUAGCAUUGUCUGCAUUGCACUAGAGUGAAACGGGAUGUCAGGCUGUUACCGUUCACACAAAAUUUUUGAAAAGAAACCUUCACCAAGGGAGCAUCUUUGGACUCUCAAUUUUUAAAAUCUUCUGUACCAUGACUUGGAGCCGGCAGAGUAGGCUGUGGACUUCAGCACAACUAUCAACAUCGCUGUUCGAGAUAUUACAAUUUAUGUCCAUUCCAAGUUGUAAAUGCUAGUCUUUUUUU